GAAUUGGCCUCAUCUUCCAAGCUUUUAUAAACCACAACCAUCUCUAAUAAUGCACCCAAUCAAACACACCACUUUCAGUCUUCAUCUCUUCUAUAGCAUCAUCAUGGACCAAACCUGGCUCUACUUCAUCUCCACAGCCUUGAUUCUCUUCCUCUUCCUGCUAAAAUUCCUGCAAAAACCAUCCCCACGAAAAAAUCCACCACCAACCCCCCCUUCCCUACCCGUAAUCGGCCAUCUCCAUCUAAUUAAAGAACCUAUUCACAGAGAACUCGAAAACCUUUCCAAGAAAUACGGCCCGAUUCUCGCUCUCCGAUUAGGGUCCCAUCCGGUACUCAUUCUGUCCUCUCCGUCGGCAGUCGAAGAGUUGUUUUCCAAGAACGACCUCAUUUUCGCAAAUAGGCCGCGGAUUCUGGUCGGAGAACUCCUCAACUACAACUACACGACGCUGGGGGCUUCCUCGUACGGGGACCACUGGCGCAACCUCCGCCGCCUUACGGUGCUGGAAAUCUUCUCCACGGCUAAACUGAACGCUUUUUUGGGUAUUCGACAGGAAGAAGUCCGGUCGCUGUUGAAGACCCUGUUUCGUGAUUCACCAAAGGGUUUUGUUAAGGUGGAAAUGAAGUCGAGGCUCUCUGAGUUGUCGUUCAAUAUUAUCAUGCGGAUGGUUGCAGGGAAACGAUACUUUGGAGUCGAGGUGGAGGAUUAUGAGGAGGCUAGGGAGUUUCGGCUUCUUAUUCGGGAUCUUUUCGAGUUAAGCGGGACGUCGAAUCCAGGGGAUUUUGUGCCUUUUUUGAGGUGGAUUGAUUUCGGAAAAAUGGAGAAGAAGAUGUUGAGGGUUCAGAAGAAGAUGGACGCAUUUUUGCAGGGUUUGAUCGAAGAGAAACGGCGUGAAGAUGAUGAGAAGGUUUUCGAACAAAAAGGAGGAAAAACUAAGUCGAUGAUCGAUUCUAUGCUAGGGUUACAAGACUCGGAUCCUCAUUACUACUCUGACGAAAUAAUCAAAGGCAAUGUACUGAACAUGCUAAGUGCGGGUUCCGACACAUCAUCAUCGACAAUCGAGUGGGCCAUGUCAGUUCUGCUCAACCACCCCAAAGUUUUAGACAAAGCAAGAGCCGAACUAGACACGGUAGUUGCUGAAAAUCGUUUGGUAGAUGAAUCGGAUCUCUCCAAGCUACCCUACCUCCAAAAUAUCAUCAGCGAGACCCUCCGAUUAUUUCCAGCAGCACCGCUUCUCGUGCCACACGAGUCAUCCGACGACUGCACCAUCGGAGGGUAUGACGUGGCCCGUGGUACGAUGUUGUUGGUAAAUGCAUGGGCCAUUCACAGGGAUCCAAAUGUGUGGGAGGACCCCAUGAGUUUUAGGCCAGAGAGGUUUGAAGAUGGGGAAAACCAAGCAUAUGGGUUGAUACCGUUUGGCAUUGGAAGGAGGAGUUGCCCCGGGGCGGGACUCGGCAAUCGGGUGGUCGGGCUGGCUUUGGCGGCCUUGAUUCAGUGCUUUGAUUGGGUGAGGAUUGGUGAUGAGUUGGUGGACAUGUCUGAAGGGCCAGGGCUCACCAUGCCCAAGUCUAAGCCAUUGGAGGCUCUGUGCCGACCACGAGAAAUGAUGGUUAAUGUCCUCUCGGAGCUCUGAGAAUGAUGCUUUUUGUUGUUUUACUAGUAGAAUAAUGUUGAAGACUGAACUUCUUUGAUGUGUUUGUUAACUAUUAGGUGUUCAAGAUUAUAAUUUAUACUGUCUUUCUAUUGUCAGCCCAGUGGGUUGAUAAUAAGCGCACAAGAGAAUAAAGAAAACACAUAUUUCUAUAUA